UUCCGGUGCCUGUUCUCUGAACUGCCUUGGGACCUUGGAUCAAGUGGGCCCUGGAAGUUUCCCGGCCACCUGCUCUGCCCCAGCAAAGUGGUCUGACCACCUCUGGUCCCCACCUCUGGUCUGACUCCAAAAUGUGAAGGCAGGAACGUCCUGGACUGACCCUCUUUUUCAGUUUCCACAGAAGGUGACAGCGCUCCAGGAGCUGGUUCCUGGUGUUCGUUUUUGAGGUCUCCAGUGGGGGCUGCAGACUAAGCAAAAUGAGGCGGUUCCUGAGGCCAGGGCACGACCCUGUGCGGGAGAGGCUCAAGCGGGACCUGUUCCAGUUUAACAAGACGGUGGAGCAUGGCUUCCCGCACCAGCCAAGCGCCCUCGGCUACAGCCCGUCCCUGCGCAUCCUGGCCAUCGGCACCCGUUCUGGAGCCAUCAAGCUCUAUGGAGCCCCGGGCGUGGAGUUCAUGGGGCUGCACCGGGAGAACAACGCAGUGACGCAGAUCCACCUCCUGCCCAGCCAGUGCCAGCUGGUCACCCUGCUAGAUGACAACAGCCUGCACCUUUGGAGCCUGAAGGUCAAGGGCGGAGCAUCGGAGCUGCAGGAGGAUGAGAGCUUCACACUGCGUGGUCCCCCAGGGGCUGCCCCCAGUGCCACACAGAUCACCGUGGUCCUGCCCCAUUCCUCAUGCGAACUGCUCUACCUGGGCACCGAGAGCGGCAACGUGUUUGUGGUGCAGCUGCCAGCUUUUCGUGCGCUGGAGGACCGGACUAUCGGCUCGGACGCGGUGCUGCAGCGGUUGCCAGAGGAGGCCCGCCACCGGCGGGUGUUUGAGAUGGUGGAGGCGCUGCAGGAGCACCCUCGAGACCCCAGCCAGAUCCUGAUCGGCUACAGCCGAGGUCUUGUUGUCAUCUGGGACCUGCAGGGCAGCCGUGUGCUCUACCACUUCCUCAGCAGCCAGCAACUGGAGAACAUCUGGUGGCAGCGGGACGGCCGCCUGCUCGUCAGCUGUCACUCCGAUGGCAGCUACUGCCAGUGGCCCGUGUCCAGCGACGCCCAGCAACCAGAGCCCCUCCGCAGCCUCGUGCCUUACGGUCCCUUUCCUUGCAAAGCGAUUACCAAAAUCCUCUGGCUGACCACUAGGCAGGGGUUGCCCUUCACCAUCUUCCAGGGCGGCAUGCCACGGGCCAGCUACGGGGACCGCCACUGCAUCUCAGUGAUCCACGAUGGCCAGCAGACGGCCUUCGACUUCACCUCCCGUGUCAUCGACUUUACUGUCCUCACAGAGGCGGACCCUGCAGCCGCCUUUGACGACCCCUAUGCCCUGGUGGUGCUGGCUGAGGAGGAGCUGGUGGUGAUUGACCUGCAGACAGCAGGCUGGCCACCGGUCCAGCUGCCCUACCUGGCUUCCCUGCACUGUUCCGCCAUCACCUGCUCCCACCACGUCUCCAACAUCCCCCUGAAGCUGUGGGAGCGGAUCAUUGCCGCCGGCAGCCAGCAGAACGCACACUUCUCCACCAUGGAGUGGCCAAUUGACGGUGGCACCAGCCUGACCCCAGCCCCACCCCAGAGGGAUCUGCUGCUUACAGGGCACGAGGAUGGCACAGUGCGGUUCUGGGAUGCCUCAGGUGUCUGCUUGCGGCUGCUGUACAAACUCAGCACAGUGCGCGUGUUCCUCACUGACACGGACCCCAACGAGAACCUCAGUGCCCAGGGCGAGGACGAGUGGCCCCCACUCCGCAAGGUGGGCUCCUUUGACCCCUACAGUGAUGACCCCCGGCUGGGCAUCCAGAAGAUCUUCCUCUGCAAGUACAGUGGCUACCUGGCUGUGGCAGGCACGGCAGGGCAGGUGCUGGUACUGGAACUGAAUGAUGAGGCAGCGGAGCAGGCCGUGGAGCAGGUGGAGGCCGACCUGCUGCAAGACCAAGAGGGCUACCGCUGGAAGGGGCACGAGCGCCUGGCAGCCCGCUCAGGGCCUGUGCGCUUUGAGCCUGGCUUUCAGCCCUUCGUGUUGGUGCAGUGCCAGCCCCCGGCUGUGGUCACCUCCUUGGCCCUGCACUCUGAGUGGCGGCUCGUGGCCUUCGGCACCAGCCAUGGCUUUGGCCUCUUUGACCACCAGCAGCGGCGGCAGGUCUUUGUUAAGUGCACGCUGCACCCCAGUGACCAGCUGGCCUUGGAGGGCCCAUUGUCCCGCGUCAAGUCCCUCAAGAAGUCCUUGCGUCAGUCAUUCCGCCGGAUGCGUCGGAGCCGGGUGUCCAGCCGGAAGCGGCGCCCGGCUGGCCCCCCAGGAGAGGUGCAGGAGGGGAGCGCCAAGACUGAGCGGCUGGGCCUCCAGAACAUGGAGCUGGCACCUGUGCAGCGCAAGAUCGAGGCUCGCUCGGCAGAGGACUCCUUCACAGGCUUCGUCCGGACCCUGUACUUUGCUGACACCUACCUGAGGGACAGCUCCCGCCACUGCCCCUCGCUGUGGGCUGGCACCAACGGGGGCACCAUCUAUGCCUUCUCCCUGCGUGUGCCCCCCGCUGAGCGGAGAAUGGAUGAGCCUGUGCGGGCAGAGCAGGCCAAGGAGAUCCAGCUGAUGCACCGGGCGCCGGUGGUGGGCAUCCUGGUGCUCGACGGACACAGCGUACCCCUUCCCGAGCCCCUCGAAGUGGCCCAUGAUCUGUCGAAGAGCCCUGACAUGCAGGGAAGCCACCAGCUGCUCGUUGUGUCGGAGGAGCAGUUCAAGGUGUUCACGCUGCCCAAGGUGAGUGCCAAGCUGAAGCUGAAGCUGACGGCCCUGGAGGGCUCAAGGGUGAGGCGGGUCAGCGUGGCCCACUUCGGCAGUCGUCGAGCUGAGGACUAUGGGGAGCACCACCUGGCAGUCCUCACCAAUCUGGGUGACAUCCAGGUGGUGUCGCUGCCACUGCUCAAGCCCCAGGUGCGCUACAGCUGCAUCCGCCGGGAGGACGUCAGUGGCAUCGCCUCCUGCGUCUUCACCAAAUAUGGCCAAGGCUUCUACCUGAUCUCACCCUCGGAGUUCGAGCGCUUCUCUCUCUCCACCAAGUGGCUGGUGGAGCCCCGGUGUCUGGUGGAUUCAGCAGAAACCAAGAACCACCGCCCUGGUAAUGGGGCAGGCCCCAAGAAGGCGCCGAGCCGAGCCAGGAACUCAGGGACUCAGAGUGAUGGCGAGGAGAAGCAGCCCGGCUUGGUGAUGGAGCGCGCUCUGCUCAGUGAUGAGAGAGCCUCAACUGGCAUUCACAUCGAGCGGCCAUGGGGCGCAGCCUCAGCAAUGGCGGAGGUGGGGGCUCUGGGCUUGAGUGCAGUUGCCGGAUGUGUGGGAAGGGAUGGGAGGAAGAGCCCUGGCCCCACUCCCCUGGAUUCCACAGGGCCGUACACGUGCCCUGAUGACCUGGAAAGCACCAUGUCUGGGCUCAGUGUGGGUGGCUGGGGCACCCCGUCCUGCCCAGGGCAAUCCUGAGCUGUCCCUGUGUGUCCUUCAGCAGAGUGAGUGGCUGAGCGGCCAGGCUGCACGAUGAGCACACACUACUACUGAUGGCCUUUUGGAGGUCCCUGCCCCAGCCAGAGAGGCCGGUGCACAGGGCCACACCAGGGGAUAGGGGCGCCCCAGCUUCCACAAUGCAGCUGCUCCAGGCCUUGGGAGAGGAGAGGUCCCGGCCCCUAGGGCUGCCCUUCCCGGGCCUCGUCUGUCUGGGUCCUUUGGUCAAUGUUGCACAGUUUUUAUUGCCCCCAUCCCUUUUUGUAGUGGGCUGGGGUUUAAGUUAUACAUGGUAACUGCCUCUGGGUGAAAAAGUUUUUAAUAAACACCUAUUACCUCUUCA